GGGUGAGGGUGCCGUAAGAGAGCCGGGAGAGGAGCCGGGCAGCGGAGCCCGGCAGCUGGGCGGGCAGUCCGGCUGGCAGCAGACAGCUGCCGGGGAAGGCGCUGCCGCAGCAGCUUUCCGCUUCCCAGGGACCUUGCCUCCCCCAGCUGUUUACCCUUGAGCUGCAAAGCGCCCAUUUGGCACAGGCCGGCGUGAUGCGAGCAUCUGCGUAAGAGGCUGCAGCUAGCGGAGCAUGCCCAGUGCGGCGCCCGGCGCCCACCCCCAGCCAGCUAGCAGGAGAUGGAGUGAACUUUGCACCCGCAAAUGUCACCGAAUGCAUUUCGCACAGGAUUUUGAAAGGUUCUCUUAUAAGCACUAUUUUUAACAGCCGAUUCCACCCCCCACACCACACACACACACACACACACACACGCACGCACACCCCUACCCCGGACCAGGAAGGAGUAAGCCUUAGGUGUUUUUGUGUGAUGGAGCUCAGCUUACGGAUCGACUGAAGCACCUCUCACAACCUUUACCUGAAGCCUGCUGUGUUUUUGCCUUUCCAUCAUUCCGGUUGGAGGUGGUGUGGGGGUGUUGGUUGUUGGAGUGGUGUUUUUUUUUUCGCUUUGUUUUUGGUAUUAUUAUUAUUAUUAUUAUUAUUAUUAUUUUUAACUGGCAUGAGAAAAAAUCGGAGUUUAAUUGCGGUCGAGCGGUCGGAAGCAGCGAGGCUGCGAGCUUGAAAGGCAGAGAGGGAAGAGAAGGAAGGCUCUGGGAGCAGAGCAUGGAUAGGAAAGGAGCGGUGCCUCUGCGGUGCUCAGUGUGCACAUGUCUGCUGGGAUCAGUGCCGGGCGCUGCAGCUGCGGACAAUCACUGAGCUGUCUGGCUAAUGAAGGCCACCUGGAUCAGGCUUCUCAAAAGAGCCAAAGGAGGACGUCUGAAGAAUUCUGAUAUCUGUGGUUCGGCGGACUCCUACACCAGCCGUCCAUCCGACUCAGAUGUGUCUCUGGAAGAAGACAGGGAAGCAGUGCGGAGAGAGGCAGAGCGACAAGCCCAGGCACAGCUGGAAAAAGCAAAGACCAAGCCUGUUGCCUUUGCCGUUCGGACCAAUGUUGGCUACAGCGCAGCUCACGACGACGAUGUCCCAGUGCCAGGCAUGGCCAUCUCGUUUGAGGCUAAAGAUUUUCUUCACGUUAAAGAAAAAUUUAAUAAUGACUGGUGGAUAGGACGGUUGGUAAAAGAAGGCUGUGAAAUAGGAUUCAUACCAAGCCCAGUCAAACUAGAGAACAUGAGGCUGCAGCAUGAACAAAAGGCAAAACAAGGAAAAUUCUACUCCAGUAAAUCAGGAGGAAACUCUUCAUCCAGUUUGGGUGACAUCGUUCCUAGUUCCAGAAAAUCGACGCCUCCAUCAUCUGCUAUAGACAUAGAUGCCACUGGCUUAGAUGCAGAAGAAAAUGAUAUGCCAGCAAACCAUCGCUCCCCCAAACCCAGUGCAAACAGUGUCACAUCACCCCACUCCAAAGAGAAAAGAAUGCCCUUCUUUAAGAAGACAGAGCACAUCCCUCCCUACGAUGUAGUGCCUUCUAUGCGGCCAGUGGUGCUGGUGGGGCCUUCUCUCAAGGGAUACGAAGUAACAGACAUGAUGCAGAAAGCACUCUUUGACUUUCUGAAGCACAGGUUUGAAGGGCGGAUCUCCAUCACACGUGUGACAGCAGACAUCUCGCUGGCCAAGCGCUCGGUGCUGAACAACCCCAGCAAGCACGCCAUCAUCGAGCGCUCCAACACACGCUCCAGCCUGGCUGAAGUUCAGAGCGAAAUCGAGCGGAUUUUCGAGCUGGCAAGGACACUGCAGCUGGUGGUGCUGGAUGCUGACACCAUUAACCACCCAGCUCAGCUCAGCAAAACCUCUCUGGCUCCCAUCAUAGUCUACGUAAAGAUUUCCUCUCCUAAGGUCUUGCAGAGGUUGAUAAAGUCUCGAGGGAAGUCUCAAGCCAAGCACCUCAACGUUCAGAUGGUGGCAGCCGACAAGCUGGCGCAGUGCCCGCCCGAGAUGUUCGAUGUAAUUCUUGAUGAGAACCAGCUCGAAGAUGCUUGUGAGCACCUUGCUGACUACCUGGAAGCCUACUGGAAGGCCACACAUCCACCCAGCAGCAAUCCUCCUAACCAGCUCCUCACUCGCACACUCGCCACAGCCACCCUUCCUAUUAGCCCAGGUCCAAACAUCAACCUACAGGGAUCGCAAGCAGAGCAGCGGAACGAGCACUCGGCUCCCGAGCGCGGCGCAUCGCACCCCGAAGAGGAAGGUCGGGGGGAAGGCGGCAAGAAACCGCAGCACCGCUCCGCCUCCAGCCAGCACCACAACCACCGCGGCGGCGGCCGGGGCCUGGCCAGGCAGGAGACUUUUGACUCGGAAACGCAAGACAGCAGAGAUUCGGCGUACGUGGAGCCGAAGGAGGACUACUCACACGAGCACGGCGAGCACCACGCCCCGCACAGGGAUCACAAUCACAGGGACGAGUCCCACGGGAGCGGUGAGCACCGGCACAGGGAGUCGAGGCACCGCUCCAAGGAGAGGGACCGCGAGCAGGACCACAACGAGUGCAACAAGCAGCGCAGCCGCCACAAAUCCAGGGACCAGUACUGCGACAAGGACGGGGAGGUGAUCCUGCGGCGGCGCAACGACGCGGGCGAGUGGGGCAGGGACGUCUACGUCCGGCAGUGACUGCGGCCCCGCCGCGGGCCCCGCUCGGCCCAGCCUGCCGACGCCCGCGGGGGGCUCCGGCGCAGCCCCCUGUGCCCUAGGCUGGUUUGUAUGGCUGCUGCUCGCCCGGCAGCGGCUCCCACCAGAACCUUCGGCUACUUCUCUCUUUGCGGUUAGCGCUCUCUGGGUUGGGGCGGUGCUGCCGCGGAGCCUCUGCCCUUUUAUCUCUGCCAUUUGUUUCCCAAGCUGUUUUCUUGUUUUCUCUCUUUCGCUCUCCUUCCUUCCUUCCUUCCUUCCUUCCUUCCUUCCUUCCUUCCUUCCUUCCUUCCUUCCUUCCUUCCUUCCUUCCUUCCUUCCUUCCUUCCUUCCUUCCUUCCUUCCUUCCUUCCUUCCUUCCUUCCUUCCUUCCUUCCUUCUUUCCUUCCUUCCUUCCUUCCUUCCUUCCUUCCUUCCUUCCUUCCUUCCUUCCUUCCUUCCUUCCUUCCUUCCUUCCUUCCUUCCUUCCUUCCUUCCUUCCUUCCUCUUUCUCUCUUUCUCUCUCUUUUUUUUCUUCCUUUUCUUCUUUUUCCCCCCCUCUUCCUUUGGUAGCUGCCACUUGAACAAUCUCUGUUGCCAUCGAGGUGUUGUUAGUGUUUUCUAAACCAAGGUACAUUUGAUGUUCAAUAACUUCCCGUGUAUUCAGCAAGCCAGAAUCAGCACAUGAAAAAAAAGAAACAAAAGGGAAAAAAAAAAGAAAAAAAAAACGAAAAAAAACCCAAUCUAAACCUUUUUGUCUGCUCUGAUUUUUUAUUUGUAUGCACUCGAUUUGCAUCUUGAUUUAAGAGCCACUCCCUGUUGCUUGUACCUCUGGUGGACUACAUUCGGAGACAGAGUUGAGUCUUGCCUUACACACAGGGGAUCCUGGAGCCCAAAUCGAUUUUCUAUGUCUUGGUACUGUGUACUGUAUAUUAUAUAGAGUUUAUAAAUGUUCUUUCUGCAGACACCUUCUUGCUCUCUGAGUUGGAUCACACUGUUGUAGAGUCCUAAUGCCAAGUCAGCAGGUUUGCUUUGCGGUUACUGGCAACUGGAACUAGCCUCAGCUGGGGAAUCUGUAACAGUGUUCAACCUAAAGACUUCUUCUGUAGCAGAAAGCUUAUUGUAAAUACGACUGAGUGCUUGAGGUAAAGGCUUUAACUCUUCCACCUUAUGCUGCCCUUGCAAGCCCAGCUUGGCAGUAGGUGGUAGAGAUGAUGAACUUGCCACUCUGAAUGGUUCUUCUCUGGACAGGUCACAGAAUGGCAGUGGGCACAGCUCAGUGUUCAGCUGUCAGGGUAAGGAAGCAGGCAUGGCAGAGGGUGUGUGUGUGUGUGUGUGUGUGUGAGUGAGAGCAGGUGGGCGAUGGAUGGGCUGCAUGUGCACCUUGAGAAGCUGCUGAAGACAACAAGGGCUGCUCAGGAGCCCGACGGGGCUCAUCCUUUGUUCUGUCUGUCGGUUUCAAAUUCCAAAGUGCAGUCAGGGACCGUGAGGGAGUUUAACUGAUCCAGGUAACUGAGAAAGCACAAAUCUGCUGGCUCUUUGGUGAGGCUUCAGGAGAGUGGAAAGAGGCAGAUGUUACUGUGGAGUGUUUCACUGGAAAUGUGUAAUCUUUGUGUCUUGGAGUCCGUGUUUUAGUCAGAAGUUUACACAGCUUGUGGAGAAUUACUUUGUGGGAAGAGAUUUUUUUUUUGGUAGCUUCUCCAUUUCUUUUUUUUCCUAACCCUCUCUUGCCAAUUCCUUUCAUCCUCACUCUGCUUUUCCUGCACCUCACCUGGUGCGCUGCUGGAGGGAGCUCAGAGAAGAGUGACUGUGAAAGAAACACUCUGUGAAGAGCUUGCUAGAGGAAGUGCACUGAGAGGCAAGGGAGGGACCAGCGCUGGUUCUGCACUGCAGGGCUGUCUCAUGCUGGGGGGGUGGAUCCACUGCCAGCUGUGACUGCAGGUCCUGCGCCCUUGCCGAGCACAGAACUGUUCUGCAUCGCAUAGAGUCUUCAGUAACGCUAAGCAGGAAAUGCUUCUUGCAUUUCACUGUAAAUAGCACAGGAUGGAGCAGGCCAGGAAGCUGAAUUAUUGUAAUGCUGGGAAUAUCAGCACUGCCUGAUUUUGAGUUCUCAGUUCAGUGGCGUGGAUUAAAGUGUGGCAGCAGGUGCAUGUUGUCUCCAACCUCUAUUCCAGCACCCAGUUUGACUCCUGAGAAUACAACCCUGUCCUCUCUCCUCCAUCCCUCUCCCCGAUGGUGUUAGGAAUUUUUUCACAGCACCAUCAGAGUGUGAAGCUCUUCUGGCAGGUGCCUCUGGUCGUUCCUGCCAGCGUUGCUGGCUGCUGUGGUUAAGCCAGGGCAGCACCUCCAAGCAGGAGCUGUGGGCAACAGGAGGAAAAGGACAUUUCUCUAGGGAGCAGCUUCUCAGCUUUUUCUCUAAGCAUCACAGAGUGACUUUGUAGCCAGAGGAAGCAUAGGUAAGCAGAGCUGUUGUGUUGCUCACUGGGUAUAGAUGAGUAGCUUUUGAUGCAGGAGGGGUCAGUGGAAAACAACACUGAAGGACUUAGUUGUUGUGGCUCCCACUAGGUCCCGUGUAAAUGGGCAGAGAAGUGAGGUUGCUCCAUGCAGCCUGGCUGCAGCUGUUGUACCAGCUCCAGGAAACGCUGCUGCUGCUGCUCCCUACAACUGUUCCAUGCCAGCUGUGUCCUCUAGGAAGUAACCGUUGAGCUUCCAGCCCUUCGAAUGCCUUUCUUCUUCCUUUUGUAACUUGCUACAGUGCUUCUUUUCCACCUUUCUAAUAGUGUUUGUGAAGGAAUUUGGGGCAAAAUUUCACAGCACCACAACCAUGGCACAGGGAGCCAGGUAGGGAGAGAAAAACGAGGAGAGGAAGAGCAUGAGCCAAGCCCUGGUAUUGAGGUGUGGGCUACUGGUUUAUGGCAUGUCAAUACCUUGGCACAUCCCAGCCAACGAGGGCAGCCUGUUUUGUACAGUGCUGCUAGUGGUGUGCAGACAACAAACUUAAGAGGGUUUAUUAGGCAGACCCACUCAGCAGGGUUUGAUCAGCAUUGCUGAGACAUUUUCCUUCAGUUCUUGUUUUAAGAGUGACAAAUCUUUUGUACCCUGAGCUGGCACUGCACAGUCUGUGCACCACCACCUGCCUACAGAGCGCUACUGGGAGAAAAGCACUUCAGAAUUACACCCAAAAGAAGCUUUAAAACUACUCCAGCUGGUGGACAUAUCAAAGGUUAUGGGCAUGAAAUGCCAGAAGUGUGUGUCACAAGAGGUUUCAUGUUAUUGUUUGCAGCAGGAUACUAACGAGUUCCUAUUUCUGGGUCUGGUUUCAGGAGCUUUGAAGCUGAGGAAUGGUAGAGGGCCCAGUGAGCUCCAGAGUCUCCUUCUGUAUGGUGUGGUACAGAACAACCUGUGACAUUUCUGUUGAAAUGAGCUAAAAAAGGAGUCCAGAAGCAGUGAGAGAGAGAAGGUAGGGAGAUAAAGCAGUGAAGUGAUGCACAGGGCUCUAUUUUUCUAAAGAAUGGGAUGUCUUUUAAUAUUUACCUGUAUGUCAGAUACUAGCCUUACUUUUGUAUGUCUUUGCAAAUGGAUACACAUCAGUGCUCUUCAGCAGCCCCAGUCUGUCCUGCAGCAGUUGUUUAGUGCCACACAGGUAUCACAGAACAUGCAAUUCUCCAGCAGGGCCUGCAGAGGAGCAGCCUCCAGACCUGUUAAGGGAUGAAUCAGCAAAGUUUGUGCACAAAGGUACUGUGGGUGGCAGUUCAGGGGUUUAAAAACGAUCCAUAAAUGGCUGCCUAGAAAUGAAAGACUUCUCCUAGAGUUCAUCUUCUGUGCCUGGCAGCAGGAGUUCAGAAUUUGGGAAGUGUUUUCUGCUCUUUAAGGGCUAAAGGUAAAUAGUUUCUCCUAAGGUUUUGGCUCUAUGUGAAGGAAGCCUUAAAGCCACAGUGACCCUGUUUACACAGCAGCCUGUAGACUCUUCCCCUGCAGCCCUACUGACAAAAGAGGCACAAGGAAAUGAAAUCCCAGUCAGCAUCCCGGGGUUACUGAUCCCUGCCCCUUAACGACUGCAGCCUUUGCUGGCUUGGGCAGCAGUGAGCGUUUUUAAGCUCUGCUGGCUUGCAAAGUCACCUUCAGACCGUGUGACACCCGCAGAGCCGUCGGUGCGCCCCACUGCCGGCCCCUUAGCUGGAGCGCAGGGAGCGGUCUGCCUGCUUUUGAUCGGCGCCUGCCCAGCGGACAGAGGCUGCUGCAAAGCACCCCCCGAGCCAGUUCCUAACGCCUCCCCAAGGCCUCCUUUGGUCUGUCUUCAUAUCUGCCCCUCUGAGAGCUAUGUCCCAGGCGGGCGUGGAUUCCAUUCCACCCAGGAGAAGCAAGCAGAGUGCAGAAAAGCUUGGUUACGUAGAGGAAGGGCAGAGACAUUGUUUCUCUGGAUGUAAUCUCAACGCUUCUGCUCUCACUUCACUGCUCUUUGUUACUCCACCGCAGACCUUUCACCCACCUGUCCCUUCUCCCCUCACCUGUAAAACCUGUGGCUGCCGUUUGCCUUGGCAAUGCUUUGGGUCAGAUGCUGUUCAGUCACAUUUCUGGCUUAGCAAUUGGCCUCUCCAUUUAUUUCCCCACUUUUACAUAACAAACUGUUGCAGAGGAGCUUACAAUAGUCUUACAGGCAGCUUCUUUUUAUAACUGAACCACCCUAGAGAUGUGUUCCUACACAGCCCCAAAAAAGAUGUAGAUCAAAUAGAGAUGAAGCUGAUUCUUCUAACUCAGCCCUCUUCUCUUAUUUUAUUCUUACCACUUUUAUCUGUCAUGCUCACCUACUCUUGCAGUUCAGCAGUACAGAAUUGGCUUUGCUCAUACAUCACAGAAGAGUCUGAGUUAGAAGGGACUUCACAGAUCAUCUACAUCCAACCCUCUGCCAUGGGCACCUCCUGCUAGACCAGGCUGCUCAAGGCCUCAUCCAACCAUGACUAAUUAAACAUAAAGGUCUUUAUAUUUUGAUACCCACUCCACAGUAGCCUUCUUGCUGACCACUAUCACCAGCCUGUUUCUCACUAAGAUAUUCCCUUUCCCCUGCAAAGCAGAUGGAAUCUUAGGAUCUAAAGACUGGUGAGCUGCUUGGCACUGCAAGAGGAGAAAGCUGUGGGACAGUUUUGCUGCCUGUGUUAAUACCUUUGUACUGACCACCAGAAAUACUCAGAUUUGGCACUGCUGCUAAUCCCUCUUGCUGCAGGCAGAGGAAACUACUUUGGAGACUCUCUUAAAGGCAGGAUCUGACUGCGUGCUUAGUCUGUCUGGUUUGUAAGGUUAAGCUUUCAUUAUAAUAACAAUACCUUUUUUAACAGUUAAUAUAUAAAUAGCUCCUAUUAGAUAUAUAUAUAAAUAUAAAUAUAUAUAUAUAUAUAUAAAGUUGUGCUUCAGCACCAAACACUGAAGCUUAAUGGUUCAGUGUGUUAAGCAUUCCUAUCAGGAAAGGAAUCCUAUUAUGUAUUAAGAAAUACACCAUACAUCAACACUGUGGCAAUUAGAAAGUAUUGCUUCACUUCUAAAGUCACAGUGAGACUGGAAAAGGAUAGAAAAGGAACCUCUAUCCAAGUUAGCCAAGCCUGCAGUCAGAGGAAGGAUGCUGGCACCUUCCAGGGAUGAUAUGGAGCGUCUUCAUCAGUUGCCUGAUCAAGAAGGCUCUCCCCUCCCUGCUUCCCAGAUACCAGCAGAGAGAGAGAGGGGCCUGGGGAAAACAGCUGAGGCUCAUCCCCUUGAUGUGCUGAGUGAAUGCAGUCUGGCAGUUGCCUCUUGCAGGGGAAGUUCAGAUCCUGGCACUUUGCUGCAGCUGAAGGCUGGGCUGCAAUCACACUGCUCAGUGGCUUCUUCUUGGUUCCCACCCACCCACCCCCCUCUAAUAUUACUCCUGUAAAAGUGAAAUCACCUUCCUUGAUCAUCCCAAACUACACACACCUGGGGAAGUCUCAGCACAUCUUUAGUGGCCACUGAAGUUCCAGCAGGCUUCGUUCUUUCCGAUUCAGCGCUGCACAGAUCCUGCUCCCGACUGCUGCAGGCUGUGCUCCUUCCUUGCUGUGCAGGUUUCAGUCCAGUCUGCAUCUGCUGCUUCACGUUUACAGAAUUUACCUGUUCUGCAAAAAACAAAAUGCCUUUUUGCUGGCACUGAGUUAGAGUCCAACCCACACUUAACAUACAAGGCUGGUCCCUUUUGUUAGCAUCGUUUUAGCAGUCUUUAGGCUAAAAAGACUCAUUUAUAGAAUGAGUGGUUUAUGAUUCUAAGUAGCAGAGUCUAACUCAGGUGACUCACCUACUCCUGAUGAAACAAAAGGACUCUAAAUGUUCACCUGUGCUGUGGUUAAUGGCAGGGUCUCACCACCAAAAGCAGACAAGUAGUGGGCAGAAAUGCCACCCUGCUGCCCUGCUAGGACAGGACUCAGAGAGGCUGCAGCAGGCAGUGCUGGCAGGGCAGCAGAAGGCAGGGUUUAGCUGAGAGCAACAGAAAAGCUCAGUAUCAAAACACUGACAGCAAACAGCAGUAAACAACCAGCCUGCCGAGAGACAAACCUCUGUGAGUUGUUUGGGUUGUGAGCAGCUCUGACAGCACAGAGGCAAGCAACAAACCUCUGUGAGUUGUUUGGGUUGUGAGCAGCUCUGACAGCACAGAGGCAAGCAACAAACCUCUGUGAGUUGUUUGGGUUGUGAGCAGCUCUGACAGCACAGAGGCAAGCAGCAAACCUCUGUGAGUUGCUUGGGUCGUGAGCAGCUCUGACAGCACAGAGGCAAGCAACAAACCUCUGUGAGUUGUUUGGGUUGUGAGCAGCACUGACAGCACAGAGGCAAGCAGCAAUCCAGCCAGCAAGUCAGUGUGAGGAGAGAGACAGUGCUGGGAGAGUGCUCUGAAAAGCUGGGAACUGAUGAGCACAGGACAAACCAGACACAGAGAGAAGGCAGUCUGCAGGUUUGGACUGUUCUUACCUCCUUCCUCUAAUCUCCUAGCAUCACAGAUGUGCUGAGGUUGGAAAAGACCUUUGAGAUCAAGUCCAACCACUCAGCCUAGGGCUUGCUGCUGUCUGCGCCAGCAGCACUGAGAGAGCACAGCUGCUGAGCCAUUCAGACUGGAGCAGUGUAUGAAGGCAGUGCUCAUCAGCCUGCUCCCCCAGCUUCAAUUUCCACAGGCUGCUUUUCUAACCAAUAAAGACUUCACACCCUUUAGGUUACUGAAAGGUGAUUUGCAACAUUUCAGCUGGUACUCCACCUUGGGUUUUUUUUUUUUCUCUUCUUGUCUUUUGAUCUGCUCAUCACAACUGUAGCCCCUUCUGCUGCAAGCAUUGGAUGUUUUCAAACUGCCACUUGUCAGCAGCCAGUGCAGCAGAGGCUCCUUCAGAACCAAUACAGUUUAUGCAUGGGAAGUUUGCUGUUGAACCAAUUAUUUAUUUCCAUUCCCAGAGUGAGAUGGUUUUAAUAUAUUCAUUGCUGCUAUAAGACAUGCUACAAAAGCCUAAUUGUAUUUUUCUUGUGUAUAUACUCUUGUGUACAGAGAAUCUUGCUUGUAUUAAAAUAAAAGAGACCUGAGGUUCUAAGUA